AGGCAGAAGGCUGCCUGUCAUGAUAGGAAUUCCGUGUAAAUUUCAAAAUUGAGGCAGAGCACACAGUUUCGGACUAAGAUUUUCGCCAAAAUUUUUUCGGCUUUUUAACAAUUUGAUUAUCAAAAUUCGUUGUGGAAUUUGCAAGGCGUAUAAAGAAAUUCGCUCGAAGGCGACAAGAUGACAAUGCGACUGAAUUUGGGCACAAUACUGAAGAAUCAAGUCAGGAGCUCGCUGAGCGAGUCCGAUAAUACGGAUGCGCCGCUGACCGGCGCCAGAGAAAAUGCCAAGCUGCGAAUUGGCUAUGAUAGUUCCCUGCGCUACUUUCCCGACAAGGCGGACGUGAAGAACCGCGUCAACUCCAUGAUGGCCAACAUACACAAGCAUAUGAAAACCACGACGCCGCCGCGCAAGGCCGUGCCGGCGAUACCCGGUCCCAUAGCGCAGAUCUCGUCGCCGCCGAGUCUCACCAAAUCGACCAGCUCGAAGAAGAUACGCCGGAUCCGGGGCGGCGGUGUUGGUGGUCUGGCGAGCGGCAAAACGCCGGUGUUGCCCAUAUCGCAGAUAAAGGCCCGAAUGAAUCGGCAGUCGCAGCAGGUGAUGAGGCGCGGCUACUCGGAAAUUGGUCCAAAGAGCUUUAGCAAUCAGCGACGCAUUCGAGAGGUGAUGCUGCAAAAAACUGUGCUAGAGAACAUGUUGUUACAGCACAAGAGAUUGCAGCGCGACAGGCAAACGAUUGCCUCGGACAUACAGCGGAUGCGUCAGGAUCUGGACAGGAUCAAAAAUAAGCUGGACACAUCACUGCAAACAUUGAACUCCACGCGCACCCUGUACACUGGCCUGGGCAAGGGCAAAAAGGGUUCGGCCAUUGUGGCCUUGUCAUCGCAUGUCAUCAAAGACGCCUCCGGAUCGACUCGGUCAGCUGGCGGCAAAGCCCGGUCCGCUGCCGCCAAAUUGGGUAAUGUAACCAUGAAACGGCAGCAUGCGGCAGCAGCGAAGCGUCGCAGUCGUCUUUAAGGUGGCCAAAAAUCAAUUUAAUAGUUGCACAAGCGGCAAAUUCAGUUAAUAGUAUUAUUUCGAGCACAAAAGUUAAGAAUAACAGUAUGAAAUAUAGCGCGGCAAGAUAUUAUUAUAAGCAAACUAACAAAAACACAGUGUCAAAUUGUGGUAGCCCUCGUUAUUGAAUUGCGCGCGCGCCGAUAGACCGCACUUGGCUAUCGAUACUUUGUCUUGUACUUAUCGAUACCUGGUUUCUCAUCACUAAAUCAUGGCGUCUGUCUCGCCUUCAGUUGCCAAUAA